AAUCAGGUCGAUCCACAGACGAUCAGAUGGAAGUGCGUGGAUAGUGGCGUGUGCAUAUAGAUCCUCCCACCAACAUCAGCGUAUUUAUACGGCAAAAGCGUCGCCGUCGGUCGUGAUCGCAGGACACGGCGGGGAGGAAGAGACACCAUCCACAUCGCGUGCCAGCUCUGGCCCAGGCUCCAGCUAUGCCUCUUCUGGAAGAGACCACUCAACAAGCGCACCCACCCAUUCUUCCCGUCAUCAUCAUAGGCAAUGGACCAUCGGGUAUUUGCCUGUCAUACCUUCUAAGUGGCAACAAGCCCUAUCUAGACCCGACAACGGUCCACCCAAACCCAAUACUAUACCGAAAACUGCAGGAGACCAAACACCAAGCCAUUACUGAACAGGACCUAGAAUAUUUGAGUGAAGGUCUUGAGGGGCGGUCAAGGAACCCCGUGGCUGUGCUGUUUGACACACUACUGCACCCAAACGCCGACUUUGGCUAUGAGUACCCUCCUGUGCUUCAGUGGAGGAGGGACAAGCAGCAACACAUCCCACAUCUCGUCUUAGGGAGAGCAACGCCUGGAGGAGCCUGGCAUGCAAUGGAAGAUUCCAUGCUGACAAUAAGUCUUGGCAUCUGGAUGGAGCUUCCUGGAAUAAACUACAGAGACCUGAUCAGCGGAAAACGAAGGGAUGCCAUCAAUGACAGGGCCACCCCUGAGGAGAUCUCAUCCUAUUACCGCAAUUAUGUGAAUCUAAAAGGCCUCCAAAAGAAUUUUGUCGACAACACCUCUGUGACCUCAGUCCAAAGACUCUGCAGGGACCACAAGAUUGAGAAUCUGGAAAAUGGACAUACUUGUCUUGGAGACGAAAGGGUGGAUGAUGGUGGAAAUGAGAGCUUUGAGGGAAAUGGAAUAGAAUGUGUUAGCGAUGGGGGACUUGGGUCACUCUGGGAAGUAAGGGGAUACCAACAAGUGCAGAACAACACUCACGCCCCCUUCUCUCUGUUUGCAGAGAAUGUAGUUCUCGCCACUGGUGCAUCUGAUUCACCAAUUCGAUUAAAUGUGGAGGGGGAGGACCUACCCUUUGUGUUCCAUAGCGUCUCCGAACUGGGCUUGGCUAUUAGUCUGCAAAAGCUGGAUACAAACUCAGAUCCAAUAUUAAUAGUCGGUGCCGGUUUAAGUGCCGCAGAUGCAGUUCUGUGCGCUUGCAGCUGCAAUGUUAGAGUGCUGCAUGUCUUUCGAAAGAGCGUUGAUGACCCUGACAUCAUCUUCAAACAGUUGCCAAAGACCUUGUACCCAGAGUACCACAAAGUCUACAAUAUGAUGUGCUCCCAGACCUACACAAAUAUGGUUCCUUCAUCUUCUUCAAACAGGGCUCAGAUAAUGUGUAUUGGUUCUUCAGUUUGUGCCAAGAUGUGCCCCAAGCCACAGUUGGCCAGAGCUAACAUGGCCAAUAACACCAGCGUCAGCCUCUUUCCCAACUACACGAGUUUCCCCGGACACUGCGUGGUGUCCUUAGAGUCAGAUAAGAAGUGCUUGCUGCAGGGGAACAAUUCCCUGAAGGCAUUUAAGAUCUCCAUGGCCCUAGUUUUGAUUGGAACCAACCCAGAUUUAUUUUUCUUUAAGGGCCAGGGCCAGUAUCUGGGUCAAGAUCCCACAAAGCCCAUAUCCUGCAAGCAGAACCCCAUUGACAUCCACCCGUACACCUUUGAGUGUACCAAGGAGCCUGGGCUGUUUGCCAUGGGCCCACUGGUGGGAGACAAUUUUGUCCGGUUUUUGAAAGGCGGUGCCUUAGGCAUCGCCUCCUGCCUUCUGAAGAGACUCAAGAAGAAAGGGAAGCUGGUUAGCAAUGGAGGGAAUACCUUAAUUUGAAAUGCUUGGUGUAAAAGAGUUAAUACAGUGGAGGACAUAAUUAUUUGAUCUCACUGAGUUUGUAAGUUCACUCACUGACAAAGACAUGAGCAGUCUAUAAUUUUAAUGGUAUGUUUAUGUUAACAGUGAGAGACAGAAUAUUCAUUCAUUCAUUCAUUUUCUGUACCGCUUAUCCUCAUGAGGGUCGUGGGCGUGCUGGAGCCUACCCCAGCUAUCUUUGGGUGAGAGGCAGGGUACACACUGAACUGGUUGCCAGCCAAUCGCAGGGCACAUAUAAACAACCAACCAUUCGCACUCACAUUCACACCUACGGGCAAUUUAGAGUCUUCAAUCACCCUACCAUGAAUGUCUUUGGGAUGUGGGAGGAAACCGGAGUACCCGGAGAGAACCAACGCAGGCACAGGGAGAACAUGCAAAUCUCCACACAGGUGAGCCCGGAUUUGAACCCGGGGUCCUCAGAACUGUGAGGCAGAUGUGGUAUAAGCAGUCGUCCACUGUACCACCAGAGGCAGAAUAUCUAAAACAAAAUACAGAAAAUCUAAUUUAAAAAAAGACAAAAAUGUAUUUGCAUUUCGUUGAGUUAAAUAAGUAUUUGAUCUCCUACCAACUACAAAGAAUUCUCACUCGCACAGACUAGUCCUCUGACUUUAAGAAACUAAUCCUAAUCUAAACUCGUUAGACGCAUGAAAGACGCCUAUCUCAAUUUGUUACCUGGAUUAAGACAUCUGUCCACAGAAUCAAUCAAUCAGACACCAACCACUCCAUCAUGGGCAAGACCAAAGAACUUUCUCAGGACAUCAGGGACAAGAUUGUAGACCUGGACAACGUUGGAAUGGGCUACAAUACCAUUGGCAAGAGGCUGGCUGAGAAGGAGACAACUGUUGGUGCAAUAAUUAGAAAAUGGAAUACACAUAAAAUGACUGUCAAUCUCCCUCGGUCUGGGGCUCCUCGCAAGAUUUCACCUCGCGGGAUAUCAAUGAUCAUGAGAAAGGUUAGGCAUCAACCUGGAACUACACGGGAGGAGCUUAUUAAUGAUCUCAAGGCAGCUGGGACCACAGUCAGCAAGAAAAACAUUGGUAACACACUACGCCGUAUUUAUCACGUGACCAUUUUUCUCACUAAUAUACUUCCAAAGGUGCUAUUGAUCUAAAGAAUUCACCAGAUGUUGGGAACAACCUAAGUAAUCCAUACAUACAAAGAAAGCAGAACAAAUAAGAUCAUAAAUUAAAUUGUGUGGAAAAAUGUGAAAUGACAAAGGGAAAAAGUAUUGAACACGAAGAAAGGGAGGUGCAAAAAAGGCAUGGAAAGCCAAGAAAACACCUAAAAUCAAACUGCAAUCCAGGCCCUUGUUAGUGCAAAUUAAUAUCAACUGGUUCAGUCCUAAUUGAUGGCCUACAAAAAGUUCUCAUUGCCAAGGUGUGAGUCAAGACAUGACAUGAUGGGUAAGAGCAGAGCGCUGUCUCAAGACCAUCGCAAACUAAUUGUUGCAUAACAUAACGAUGGCAUUGGUUACAGGCGCAUAUCUAAGCUUCUGAAUGUUCCAGUGAGCACGGUAGGAGUCAUAAUACAUAAGUGGAAAGCCAUUCAUGCCACCAUAAAUAUGCCUCGAUUGGGUGCUCCUCGCAAGAUUUCUGACAGAGGAGUACAAAGAAUAAUCAGAAGAGUUCUCCAAGAGCCAAUACCACCUGUGGAGAGCUUCAAAAAGACCUGGAAUUAGCAGGUACUUUUGUCAGAAGGAAAACAGUGAGUAAUGUACUCCACCUCCAUGGCCUGCAUGCACGCUCACCAUGCAAGCAUGGCAAAGCUCGUUUAAAGUUUGCUGAACAUUUGGACAAGCCAGUUAAAUACUGGGAGAAUAUAGUCUGGUCAGAUGAGAGCAAAAUUUAACUGUUUGGAUGCAAUAAUGCACACCGCAUUUGGAGGAGAAAUGGCAUUGCACAUCACCCUUAAAAGACCAUACUAACAGUGAUGUACGGCGGUGGGAACAUGAUGGUGUGGGGUUGCUUUCUCAGAAAAUGGUACUGGUAAAGUUCACAUUAUUGAAGGAAGGAUGAAGGGGCAAGUGUACAGAGACAUUCUUGAUAAAAAUCUGCUGCCAUCUAAUCACACAGAACCUUCAAGAAUUGAAGACUGCUUGUGUGGAGGAAUGGGCCAAAAUCACACCAGAACAAUGCUUGCGACUAGUUUCUCCUUACAGGAGGCAUCUUGAAGCUGUCAUUGCAAACAAAGGUUGUUAUACAAAGUAUUAGAUAAAUAUCAGUUGGCGUGUUCAAUACUUUUUCCCUGUGCCAUUUCACAUUAUUACACACAACUUAAUUUCUGAGGUUAUUUGUUCUAGUUUCUUUGUAUCUAUGUAUUACUUGAGUUGUUCCCAACAUCUGGUGAAAUGUUCAUGUCAAUAGCACCUUUGGAAAUAUAUUUAAUGGUUACAUUAAAUAUUUAUUUCAGCUGCUGUAUUUCCCUCAGUGAAUUGCAAAAUAAUUUCAAUCUUUUGUUUUGUGAUUUUCUUUUUGAUAUUCUGUCCCUCCCUGUUCAAAAUUUUGCCUAAUCCUUACAACACCUACUAUUAAAAUUAUCGACCAGUCAUCUCUUUGUCAGUAGGUAAACUAAAUUUUCUCUACUGUAUAUCUUCAUAAUCAUCACUACAUUGUUCUUUCAUCCAUGCGAAGGCAUUUUAAAACCAGUUUUUCCCCCUAAACAACAGACUUUUGAAUUUCUAGGAGUCUAAGCUACGAUGUGCCAACAUUUUCAAUAUGAACAUUUUUUUUGGAAGCUCACAACUGAAGGAGAUCGUACUUUCAUCAGGGUUUUUUUUCCUUGGUACAUCUUUGAAUCCAGCUAACACUUUCUGUCAUAUCAAGCUACGGGGAGAGGAAAGGGUCUCAAAAAGUAGAAUGUACUCAAGCGUACUGAAAGAGAAACAUUUAGACCAGGCCGUGGUCUCAAUUUUAUUUCUGAAGUAAACAACACGAAACUAAUAUUGUAAUGUUACUGAUGACUCUGAGCCAAACCAUUUUUUUGUAGAUAAUUCUUCAUUAGUUUAACUUGAACAUCUGAAUUCAUUUCUGAACUCUUUCUUUAACUGGUGUGCAACUGACAGCAUUUCUGUGCAAACCAUUUUUCAUUGAAUGUACUUAUGUAGUGUUAUGUUUCUAAUAGCUUCUAACAACUGAGUCGCCGUUUUUAUUUAUUUUUUUGACCUGUCAAUAACUGGUUAUUUUAAACAAUACUGGGGGUUUGAAUCAUUUUGUACUAUGUCAAACUAUGGUCAAAACAUAUUAUAAAAUCUUCAUAAACGGAAUAUCACAAGAAUUAAGUCCUAAUCUCAUAAUAGAUAUAGAGAAUAGUCAUAAUUUUCAGAACUUUUUUUUUUUUAAUAUUACCAGAAUAAAGUUGGGAUUUUGAUGAGUGAAAUUUAAAUAUUCCCACAUGAACACUCAUAUUAUAACUUCAUUCUCAUAAAAUGACAACUUCCUUCCUUAUAUAAUCUAGUAAAAUGCUGAGUCUCAUUACUUUAUUAUUGUAUGAUUAAUAUUUGUAUUAUUUUCAGUGUAGACCUAAACCUCAUUUACAAACAACGGCAUUACUAACUAGUUUUUCCACGUUGAAGCUUCUCAAUGCAAGUAAAACAUAUAUAUAUAUAUAUAUUUUUUUUUUUUACCUCCAAAUUUAACAAAUUAGGCAACAAAUUGAAAAUGACAUAUCCAUGUAUUGUAACUUUAAUGCAAUCUCAGGGCACUUUUCACACAGAACAAGUUGUAUGGCGUUAGUACUGCUCAGUUAUUCAAGUGCUACUCUUAAUCUUAAAGCUACGUGCAGUUAAAGCUUGCCAUGAAAAUAGGUGUUAAAAAGGCUAUGGUGAGCAGUGACACAGCCAUCUAUUUUGCAUUGAUGCCAUCUUCACCUCAUUUAAACAUACUAUCGACAUAGGCCUACAGUUUUGCGUGGACUACUCAUGGUUUAUUUAUUAUGCCGGGUCAUAUUGAGCCCCUUUUAAUAUAUUAGUCAUGUUUGGGGUAAUACAUAAAAAAGUUACAACAGUUACAUAAUCUUUGGUAAUCCUAUAAAUCUGGUUUUCAGUAACGUAUUCCUGCAGUUUUUUUGUUUUUGACAUCCUUCUGAAUAUUGUUCUGAUGCACACACAAACACUGGCCACAAAAUAAGGUACAACUAAUGAGAUCAAAUACUAGCACAGUAUCAAAACCUCAGCCUUUAAAAAUAUGAUAAUGCUCAGUUUUGACGAACAGAUCAUGUAUUUGCUCAUUACCGUCAUUCAUUCAGUUGUACCAAAGAUUGUGACUGUUUAGUGUAAAUGUGUACUUUUCUCCCUCUUAGGUUUAUCUAUGUGUUUUGUCAGGAAGACUACUUACCUGAAAAGCUUCAGGUAUGUAAGUGCCUAAUAGUUUGGUUAGCAGGAGAAUACAGAUGGGCACUGGACUCAAUUAUCUCGCUCGGCAAUGAGGGAAAAUUAACCAUCAAUUAAGCUGUAUCAACUAUUUUUGAAGGGUUGUGAAUGUUCUGAAUUACUGUUUCCAUACCAGUGUUAUACUGAGCUGAAAUAGGUUGCCACAGGGUGGAUGUAGCUCAGCCUCCCAUUGCCAACACCAUGUUAUUCUUUAGACUUCAGUGAGAGUGAAUCAACAGCGACUGCUGAUUCAAGUUAAGUAGUGCACUUCAUUUUGCCGAAAAAUUUUCAAGACAAAAUUCAUCAACAUCAAUUACGCAGAAUCGUCCCAAUGUAUAACCAAUUAAUACACCCAUUUCUGGUGGAGAACAUUGAACACAACACGAGACUCCAUCGCCUCUCAUCUGCUUGAGUGAGCUAAAGUAGGGAAAUCAUUUGGUCUUAACUGCACACAAAAAAGAAAAGCUGCUCUUGGCACGUAAACUUUUAAUGCUUUCUUGUACAACUCCAGACUAUGAAAUGCUUUGUCUGUAAUUUUUUAUCAUUGACAAAUAAAAAUAAUUGAGUGAAAAACCUCAGAACGUGUUUGAAACCUUUACAAUAUUUGCCGUCGGUGGUGUCGUUAGGUCAGUGUAAAGUGGACUAAUUUUAGUGGUUAACAAACAUGGUAGCUAUACCAACGUACAUUUUUAUUAUCACUGGAGAUGAUCUGACCAUUCUUGCUUCUUCAUCUCUUCCUGGUUAAUUUGGUGGGGUUGUACCUAAAGACACAAGCAAACACACAUCAAACAGUUGAUGUCAUCACUCCCUCGAGAUGGGCUUUUAACAUUCCUCAUGGCUCAUCCUUCAAUGUGCUGGAAGGCAUUUUGAACAAACAAAAAAACAGCCCAGAAGAAGUGCCAUAAAAGAUGAAAGUGUUUGAACAGCUUUAAGCAAACAGCCUUCCAAUAAAGCACGUCUGGACACUUGCUUGUUUCAAGCUACCGAAAUGCACUGGGCUGUUGUCUUAGCAGCAUAGUCUAUUCCCCUGCUCUGCAUGACUGA